CUCGUCUGUCAUCUGCCUGAGGCCGACUGCCCACCUGCCCGGCCCGAGUGCCUGUUGACGGGCGAUCUGAUUCCCUUCUACCAUGCCUACACCUCGACUGACUGUCUCUUCUCCUCGUCCCGCGGCGAUGUCUGCAAGCCGGCCGGUCGUCAACUGGUUCCGCUGUCACCAACGGCUACGACGAACACGUCGACGGCCACGCUCCACGUCAAUGGUUGGCUCUGCUCUGCGCCUCUUCCUCUCACCACGGAGAUGGCCUCGGCGUCGACGUCCGUCUCCUCGCCCGCUUCGGCGUCACCGUCGCCGUCGCCGUCGCUGUUGCCGUCGCCGUCGCCGCUGCCGUCUGUGUACGUGUGCAUGCCGAGUCGCCUCGCCCUAUCGAACGCCUCGUCGGCGGCUCCGCUGACGCAGCACUACGCAACCAUCGGCAGGCCGGUCUGGCGGCGCCUUGACGGAUCGCAACUCGUCUGGACGAGUCCCGGCGGAUCGCAAAUCGCGUCGACGUCGACUCGUGGCUUUCACGAACUAUCCACGCCCUCCUCGCCCUCCACCACC